AUGGGAAUUUCAAAUUUAGAUGAACAAAAUAGAGGAGCUGGAGAUGCAUUAGAAGAAAUAGAAAGUGAUAUGGAUGGCGCUAGACAGAUUGUUCCUUAUUUAGGCGCUGAAAAUUCAAGAGCGCCUUAUAUCGGUAUGGAGUUUCAAUCACUUGAUGAUUCGUUUAGAUUUUAUCUUGAUUAUGCUCAUCAUAGAGGAAAAAUUGCAUCGGUAUUGAUUAAUCAAGCUGGGGGUGGUGACCACCUUAAUUUGACAGGACAAGAUAUUCAGAAUUAUUUGAAAACUAGGAGACAGAAAAAUCUUGAAAAAGGAGAUGCCCAAUUGAUGUUGCACUAUUUUCAAAAGUGUCAAUCCGAGAAUCCAGGUUUCUUUUAUGCGAUCCAGAUGGACGUAGAGGGCCGCUUAGCUAAUUGUUUUUGGGUCGAUGCUAGCUCUAGGGUAGCAUAUAAGAAUUUUGGAGAAGUUGUAGUUUUUGAUCCGACGUAUCUGACAAACAAAUAUAGGAUGCCUUUUGUCCAAUUUACCGGGGUUAAUAACCAUCAUCAGUCUAUUUUGUUUGGUUGUGCACUACUUUGGGAUGAAACUGAAGACACUUUCGAGUGGUUACUUCGUACUUGGAAAGAAGCGAUGUUUGGAGUUGCACCUCGUACAAUCAUAACAGAUCAGGAUCGUGCCAUAACAAACGCAAUUGCAAAGGUAUUCCCUAACAGUGUACACCACUUUUGUAUGUGGCACAUCGAAAAGAAGAUCCCAGAACAUUUGAGUCAUGUUUACCAUCAGUUUGAUGAUUUUAAGAGCAAGUUUAGUUGGUAUAUUCAUGCCACGACCACUCCUGAGGAAUUUGAAACAACGUGGGCUGAAAUAAUCAAAACGUAUAAUUUAGAAGAAAAUAGUUGGUUGCAGAGGAUAUACGCAAUUCGUGAGAAAUGGAUUCCAGCAUAUGUGCGUACUACUUUUUGUGCAGGAAGGCUGAAAAGUUCGCAGAGGCAACAGAACCACUUUAUCUGCUGGGGUCUUUAUAGCUGGAAUCUCUCAUCUGCAGUUUACAAGGAUCGUUUGGUUUAUAGUCUAGUUAUGCAGAGAUUAAACUGCAAGGAUUGUCUAAGCGGAGACUAA